CCGGGCGGAACAACUAAACGAGCGCCCACCAGUCUACGACAGGGUUUCUCUUCCUGAGUUGGCUGAACUCGUCAUCGUUUACCCGCGUUUGGUGGACAGCCCACUUUGUUUGGCGGGACUGAGCUGAGGACAAGCUGCUCCAUCGUCUCAUCGUUACCAUGCAGUUUUCCAGCAGAAGAAAGAAGGACAUUACCAGCCCUCAGGCGGAGCUGUAUGGACAUGCUCUGCAGUUCUAUGGGCAGCCUCCUCUCGAAAACGUCUCUCUCACUGAAUUUGAGGCAUUCGCUGUGGACAGACUGAAAUUGUUGAAGACCAUUGAGAAUUUGGGAGUGAGCCACGUGAAACUUUCAGAGCAGUACACAAGGAAACUGGUGUCUGAGUUUAAAAACCUGAACUUCCCUUACAGACCAGAGGUUGAUGACAGAAAAUCUCAGAGUGGACCGAGUGAAUACGAGAAACGAAGGAAGGACCACAUCUCCCACUUCAUUCUCAGACUAGCCUUCUGCCAAACGGAGGACCUGAGACGGUGGUUUAUACAACAGGAAGUUGAUCUUUUCCGCUUCCGCUUCAGUGACCUGCCUCCAAAACUGAAGCUUGAGUUUCUUCACAGAAAUAACCUGCAAUAUGACACAAUUAGUGUCGAGGAGAAGAAGGCUCUGCUGGAUAAACUUGUCAACUCCAGUUACGCCGUCAGUGGAAUCACUGUGGAGGAUCAGGACUUCUACAAAGUUCCAUUUCAAGAUGCCCUGGAUCUGGUGCGAACAAGGAAAGUGUACCUCAAAGCAGGCUACGUGUACAUCCCUCACCAGGACAUUGUCACCAUUGUGCUCAAUGAUUUCCGCACUAGGCUGUCUAAAGCUCUGGCAUUGACAGCCCGCUCGUUACCAGCAGUGCAUUCUGAUGAACGGCUCCAACCGCUCCUUAACCACCUCAGUCAUGCGUAUGUGGGACAGGAUUACAGCAUCCAGAAGAAUGUUGGGAAAAUCUCCUUGGAACAAAUUGAUUCACUUUCAGGAAAGUCAUUCCCACUGUGUAUGAGGCAGCUUCACCAGAGCCUGAGAGAGAACCACCAUCUCCGCCAUGGUGGGCGUAUGCAGUACGGCCUCUUCCUCAAAGGUAUCGGCCUCUCUCUUGAGCAAGCACUGCAGUUCUGGAGGAUGGAGUUCAUAAGAGGAAAAGUGGAUGCAGACAAGUUUGACAAAGCAUAUGCCUACGGCAUUCGCCACAUGUUUGGCAAAGAAGGCAAGCGAGCAGACUACACCCCCUACAGUUGCAUGAAGGUGAUUUUAUCAAACCCACCCAGCCAAGGCGACCAUCACGGAUGCCCAUUCCGACACAGCGACCCCGAACUGCUGAAGCAGAAGCUUCAGUUCUACAAGGUUUCUCCCACUGGAGUCAAUCAGAUCCUGGAGCUGAUUAAAGGAAUGCACUAUCAGCUGGCGUGCCAGAAAUACUUUGAGCUGACACACAAUAUUGAGGACGCCAGUUUCUCACUCAAUCACCCCAACCAAUACUUUAUAGAGAGCCAGAAAAUUUUGGGCGGAGGCAAGGACAUAAAGCGUGAGAUGGACACUCCACAGAGGUCGCAGGAAAACUCCGCUGCCAGAGGAUCCAGUGCAGCUCGAGAGGCAGCAACAAACGCCCCCCAGGGUUUGGCCGAGAUGACGGAGGAACUGGACUCUUUCUUUCAAGAUGCCUGAUUUUAUUUUUGUAGAAAUUAAUGUUUGUUCAUCUUUUUCAUGAGGACUGGGUGGGGGUGGUCGAUAUUCUAACUUGAGUCAUUAAAAGUCACUGUAUCAUCACAUAAUUAAAGUUGCAAAUCAGUAAUUUCUCAAUGAUUUGUUUUCAACACUUUAAGUUAACCUUGAUGUGACAUUAUUCAAACCUCAGCAUCAGCCCAAAGCCAAGUUUUCUAGUUUUCCUUGCUAACGUGACAGUGACAUGGCAUCAUUAAUUUAGCUAUUUAACCCGAGUGUUCAAAGUAGUCUCUCUGUUUGUUUUCUUCCUUUGUUUUCACUGUGGUCUGAACUUGCAUGGCUUAUUCCCAGUCUCAGUGUACAGUGUUUUGGCAAGGAUGUGGUUUUGGGGGUGAUGACUAGAACAUUUCCCAGCUGUCUCAGAAACAAUGUCAUUGUAUUUGCUGGCAGGAAUAUGGAUGAAUGGUGGCAGGAGGAUGGAUGAAAAUAAACAAUUUCCACAGUUGUA